AUGCAACUAUUGGAGUUAACGUUUGGGGCAUUGGUCGUAUUGGGGACAGGUGUGUACGAUGUUGUACUCACUCCAGAUACACGUCGAAUCACUAACUCUAUCAUAGCGUUUGCACAGGACACGAAGCGAUACUGCGAUUCUGCAACACUGAUAUGCUAUUCUAGCUGGGCUACGAACAACGGAAUCGUCUUUCGCAUCGCUUUACCUGAAGCACAGACUGCGCCAUUUGAUACGGUUCUUCAGAUAGUAUCGCCGAUCAAGAAUGGCUGGGUCGGAUUCUCUUGGGGAGGCACCAUGCCGUAUGUGCCCUUGACCAUUGGUUGGAUGAACAGCGCAGCCAACACCACUAUCUACUCAUCCAGAAUGGCAUUUGGCUUGAGUUUGCCGCAGCCUUAUGACGGUGCUGAAUACUCUUAUUUGAAGGGUACUGGAUACAACACUACUCACUGGACGCUAAAUGUACGGUGUAGGGGAUGUUCACAGUGGCAUGACGUGGAUGGGAAGUUGAUAUCCAUCGAUGGAGCAGCAUCCGCACAAAAGUUCGCUUAUGGUUUGGCCACUAAAGCACCCGCUCAACCAGCAAACAACAGAUCGACCUUCAAUGUCCACAACACUUUUGGAAAUUACAUAUUCAACCUCACCCAGGGACAGAAUGCGAAAUUUGACGCUCUGGUGGCGGCAAAUCUCAUUACAAUCACCCCACCAACCUCAAGCAGCGCUCUAGCUCCGACCUCUACCAUCAGUCCGACAUCGGUCAGCUCGGGUACAAAUACAAUAUCUACAACAACGCCUCAGCCGAUACAAACAGGCAUACCUGCUUCAUGCGAUGGAGUCCCGAACCUCGCUUUUCCCAUGAGCAUUGCAAAAGGCUGGAAAAUGGCCAAGGCGGCUGGAGGACUGACCCAACCUCGCGGGAUCAUUUUUGAUACUGCCGGGAAUCUUCUCGUGGUACAAAAUGGACUUGGGAUUACUGCGCAUAAGAUAGGCUCGAACGCAUGUUUGACGUCGUCGAAGACUAUCAUUACGCAACGCAACCUCAAUCACGGUAUGACCUUGAGCCAUGAUGGGAAGAAACUCUACGCCAGUUCUGCCACAUCCGUGUUUAGCUGGGACUACGAUGCCUCAGCAAUGAGUGUGUCAGCAAACUCUACCAUAAUAGUUACAGGUAUGGACAGUCGUGGGCACGUUACACGAACACUAGCCAUUCCGCCAAAACAUUCUGACUUAUUGCUUGUCUCGCAUGGAUCGAAUGACAACUUUGAUUAUGCGUCUGGGGACAUCAAAACCGGACGUUCAUGCGUCAAGGUCUUCAACACCACGUCGAUCCCGAAAGACGGCUAUAACUACGCAACCGGAGGCUACCAGAUGGGAUACGGCUUGCGCAACGAAGUCGGCCUAGCAUUCGAUGGAGAUGGCAUGCUUUGGGGAGUUGAGAACUCCUCUGACGAACUGCAUCGCACUAUUAACGGUGUACCUGUAGACAUACACAUCGACAACCCAGCAGAUGAGAUCAAUUACCUCGGCGACCCAUCAAAGGAGAACACAGAUUGGUACGGCUACCCAACAUGUUACACCUGUGGCGCGCCAGAUGCCAUUACCGACCGCAAAUUUUCUGUGGGCGACCAAUUCGUUUUGGAACCAAACGCCACUUUUUCAGACGAUACGUGUAAGGGACGAAGCAGGCCUGCAAAACUUACUCUACCGGCGCAUUCGGCACCGCUUGACGCGAAAUUCGAUAAGAGCUUCACGAACAUUUACGUUACCAUCCAUGGAUCUUGGAAUCGCAGUCCGCCGGUGGGAUAUAAAGUCAUCGAAGUACCCUUUGUACACGGACAGACUGGAUAUGCACCAAGAGCACCGCUCAACAGUACAAAAGGAUGGAAAGAUGUGGUUUGGAGUCCAAAUGUUGACCACUGUUCCACUACGCAGUGUUUCAGACCGGUAGCGAUUGCCCAAGAUGCAUAUGGGAGGAUGUAUAUCACGAGCGACAGUGGCGCCGAAGGCGAACUGAUUAUUCUUGGACGAGAAUAA